CUCUCUCUCCUCGUUCCUAUUCGACCCGUCCAUAUUUCUGAGUUUCGUUCGUUUCAAACUUUCAAGGUUCAACAUCUAUGCUCUCCGGCCAGAGUUUUGAAGCAGACGAUCACUUCGACCGUCUACACGACUCGCUCUUAUGUCUCAUCUUCAACAAAAUCCAAGACGCCAAGACGCUCGGCCGCUGCCUCGCCGUCUGCAAGCGCUUCAGCUCCCUCGUUCGUCAAGUCGACUCGCUUGUCGUUAAGGUCGACUGUGUUGACGAUUCCGUUGAUGCUGAUGAUCGUAAUUCUUCUGAAUCUCAUGGAAGCAGCUUAUCUAUAGGUUUGGCCAAGUUCUUGCUAUACAGAAUCAUCUCGAAGUCUUUUCGGUUCCUGCAGCGGACUCUUCUCUUUAAUCAGAAGAAGAGCAUCUCAGAUGGGUCUCCCUUCCAUUAUUCCCCCGUACAAGUUCUCAAGAGAUUCAACGAGAUUCGGGCCCUCCGGAUACAGCUCCCUGACGACUCGGGCGGCUAUGGUGGUGGCGGUGAUGGGUUGUUGCUGAAGUGGAGGGCUGAGUUCGGCAGCUCGCUACAGAGCUGUGUGUUUCUGGGAGCCACUUCUUUUCAGAAAACGAAGCUUACAUGUAUUGAAAAAGGAGAUAGGAAUGAUUGCUCGAUGUCUUCGGCAUCGGUGGGAGGUGAAGAGACCUCCCAUGGCUCCCAUGGCUCGUUUUGUACGAACGGUAAACUGAAAUUGAGGAUUGUUUGGACGAUUACGUGCUUGAUUGCUGCCUCUGCAAGGCACCACCUGUUGCAACAGAUAAUCGCCGAUCAUCCGACGCUUCGGAGUGUUGUGAUAACAGAUUCUUGUGGUCAAGGGACUCUGUGCAUGGGGGAAGAGCAGAUUGCCGAGUCGAGGCAGUGUCUGGACUCAUCAAGGACGUCGGCGGCCUUGCCAGGCAGAACCCGAGUUCCGGCCGUGAAUGUGAAGCUAUGGUAUGUGCCGAGGCUGGAAUUGCCGGGGUCUGGCUAUGUAAUGGAGGGAGCGACUCUUAUGGCGAUUAGACCGGUUGAUCGGCCGCCGGAGAAGGAGGAGAGUGAGGUUAGUCUAAUGGCUGGCGCUUUUGAGGGGGAGGAACAGGGGAAAACUUUUGGUGAAGCUGUUAGAGCAAUGGCGAAGAGGAAGGCACGCAUUUUGGAGAUGGAUUCCUUUUGACUUUGAGUGGCAAUUCUGUAAAUAUAAGAGUAUCAUAAAUACUCGAAGGAAUAUUUUGUAGUUCAGUAGUUAUUAUUUAUAAAUAGAAAAUUCUGAGUAAAUUUAAAUUGUUUUCUUCUGUUGGGUUCCUGUUUUCUGGAAAUUACGAGUAAAGAAUGAAUUAAAACAGA